GUAGCGACGGCGGGAGCUCUGAUCAAGUAUCCUCCACUGCAGCACCGGCACGGUCUGGUGACGACGACCCUGGGUCUUCGGUUCGUGUUGAGCAGUCGUCACUUCCUGGGUGGUUCGAUGAGGGUGAAAUGCGUGGCCUCGGUGUCGCCGGUGCUGUGGCGCGGGGACAGGGAAUCUGUAGUGCAGAGCCUCCCCAUCCAGGACAUGAGGGAGGCCCUUCUACUUGUGAAAAGCGGGGCUAAGGAAGCGUUCGUUCCUGGUAUUGGAAUUCUUGUUGCGGCUGCCUUGAUGCGAAUCGUGAACUUCUGAAGCUGCCGAUGAAGGAAACCGGCGUGUUGUGUGUGCGUUAAGUGGUGUUAUUGUUGAUGAUGAUGAUGACUUAACGGUGAUCCGAGUGUACAGCAAAGACCGCACGAGUCUUUAGAUAACCCAGCAUAAGUGAUAUUACAUAACUACUCUAAUUAUUUCAUUAAUAAUCAAAAAAAAAAAGAAAAGAAAGAAGUAUAUAAAUAUAAAUACGCAGAUAUUGUAAAUAAUUUGAGAGAAGAAAACCCCUCUAUUAAUUUUUUUUUUGGUUUCAUUUUAGGGGAUGCGUAAAAUUGGAUUGAUGUAAUUGUAAAUACUAUUUGGCUCCCAUGUACAUACUAAUUUUAGGCUAAUUCGUGAUUAAUUUAAAAGGCUUCGUACAUAAUUUCCAAACCCCCCAUGUUUGAAAACUCCAAUUUCGAGAGCGUAACAUUUCUUUCUCUCGCUAUUUCCUCCCCGAAAAUGUGUGCUAACAAAUAACGCUUAUUAAUCUUUGCGCGCACGUGGAUAUAAUUCCUGCAUUUAAUGUUCAUUUCUACAGAUUCACACACACUUAUAUACGCACACACAUACUUAUAGUCUGUGUAAGGGUUGAUUUACUGCAUCCCCUGUUUUCCGGAUUCAGGACCUAACUAGGACGUGUUUAAUGAUCGCAUUGUACAGCUUCAUCAUCAAAGCGAGGAAGCAAGGAAUUAUACAAUUUUUAUUUUUGUUGUUUCCAAACAUAGACUGAAAAAAAAAUGAAAUUAAAUGAAAAAUUGUGAAUACGGUAGUCGUCUCGUAUAGCUGAAAACGAAAAAUAUAAAUAAAUGAAUAGUAUACUAAUUUGUUACAUAUAAGCUUCUGCACAUGUGUAUAUAUUAAUAAAUAAUUAUAUUUAGUGGACAAAAAAAAAUGCAAUCAAUCGAAGAAGAUGAUGUAAACAA